AUGACGACUAAUAGUAUCAAACUUGAUGAUGCAUCAAUAUCGUAUGUAACAUUAUCACAAGCUUACACACAAGUAAUGUUAAAUGAUAAAGAAUUUCAGUUAAAAACGUUCCUUUGGCGUGAUUUUAUGCCAACAAUUGUUCCUAACAAUUAUGUAGAAAAAUCAACAAUUCCGGGUAGUCAUCUCAUAGCAAAAUUGAGAAUCAGUACGGUUGAUAAUAGUGAAUUUCCAACUGAUGUUAAAGCUCAUCAAGUAUGGAUUAUUCUUAAUGAAACACAAAUUUGGAACACAUCUGAUAUAGAAGAACAACCUCGAUCGUCCACGAAUCAAGUUCUCACCAUAACGAUCCGAAACGGCCCAAAAUGGGGUCCAAAGGUUAAUGUCGAUGUUGUGGUGCAAUUGAUAAACACGGAUGGGAAGACUGUUCUAUUACAAGCAAAACAGCAGACGAUUGGUUGUACUAGCUAA